AACGCCCACUAGUCUCUCUCUCUGUCUCCACCGCUCCCCUUCCACUCUGUCACUCAGGCUAGGGGGGCCAGCUACCACACAGCACAGGGAGAGAAGGAAACACUAAAAAGAGCCACAUGUUGGAGCCACAAGCCUCUUCCCCCAGCCCCAGCCUGCCCCAGCCUGCCUUCAGCCUCAGCAAGCUGACCACGUCAGGAGCUGCUAUACCGCCCUGUGGAGGAGCGUGAAGACAACCACGGGACUUUCGUGUUGUUGUGAAAGGCAACCGGUGACGGUGAGGCCACAAGGGAGAAACUUCACUUCACUCCUCUGUUCCCCAGACCGCCGGAAAGCCCAGCAAGAGGCCCCGCCCCGCCCAUCCGACCGCGUCUGACGACAGGCCGCCGUGGAGAGAGAGAGACGCCUCUGGACACAGACACUAGCGUGACAUCGUCGAGAGCGGCAGAGCAGCAGAGAGGAAGAAGGAGGACGCCGCAGAGAAGAGGAAGGAGAAGUUAAAAACCAAGAGAAGGAGCAGGGGGCUGGCCGAGAGGAUGGAGGUGCUGCUGAACCACCCUUGUGCGGUGGUGCUGGUGUGCGCCCUGCUGUUCAGGGUGGCGCACUGCCUGCUGCAGAACCUGCCGGUGCCCAAGGUGGUGCGCGGGGAAGAGUUCCGCGCCUGGAAGUGGAAGAACCUGUCGGUGUCCCUGGUGCACUCCCUGCUCACUGGUGCCUGGGCCCUGAGCUGUGUGCUGAUAUAUCCAGAGACGGUGCACAACCUGCACUCCUACUUCGUCCCGGUGUCGUACCUACUCGUAUGUGUCUCAACAGGGUACUUUGUACAGGAUGCAGGUGACAUCAUUCUUACCGGUCAUGCUAGAGGAUCAUGGGAGUUCCUAGUUCAUCACACACUGGUCAUCUGGUGUUUCGGGUACGCCCUCUUCACCAAGCUCUACGUGUCGGGCGCGGUGGUGGCGCUCUUCGUGGAGGUCAACAGCGUCACCCUACACUUGAGGCUGAUGCUGAAGCUAGCCGAACAGAUGUCCUCGCCGGCCUUCCAGGUCAACAAAAUGCUCAACCUCUUCACCUACGUGUUCUUCCGGCUGAGCGCCCAGGGCUACCUGACCUGGUACAUCGUGUACAACUACUCGUGGUUGGACCACGCCAGCUUCUUCCUGGCCGCCAUGGUGUUGAUGAACGGCAUGAUCCUGGUCUACUUUUACCGGCUGCUGCGCGCCGACUUUUGCCCCCGCCCCAAACGCACGGGCACGCAAAACGGGACGCACAAAUCCGCCCCAAUGACUCAGAAGUUCCUCACCGACUAAUCGGGCCAGGGAGGGGGAUGUUGUCCUGCUGUAUUUCUGUGAGGGGGGAUGGGCGGGAGGGGGGUUUUCGAGCUUACCGUUUGUGACACCUAACCAAAAUGGUGCCCACAAAUACUUGGGAGGAGGGGGAGGGGUACUCCGGCUAGGACAACAGCUAACUGGAAACCAAGUAGGGGGGUGGGGGGGGCUGCGAUCUUGUGCCUUCUCUCUGUAUGAGGCCCACUGUGUGGCUGAGGAGGUUACGAUACAGAGACACUAUUUCACCGCUAUAGCCUCGAAAGUGACCUACGGGGCUCCCUGCCUGGAGACAGACACAUGGCCAUUUGCGGAUCACAUUCAAAUUUUAAACAGAACAUGGACAUUAAAUGUAGCCCCAGCUGCAAUCUUAAUCGUCCAAAUUGAAAUAGUCGAGAAGGUGUGGGUAACGGCACGAAAGAGUACAAUCAGUGUUUUGAUAUUUCGAAACAAAUCUGAACCAAGACCUCAUGUGGAUAAGUUGAAAAGUUGAAUUGUGGAAUGAAGCAUUCACCAUUAUACUCAACUAUGACACUGCUGGUUACGUGUAAAGAAAAGGAAUAGAGCCUCAUGAGAGGCUUGCUCAAAUAUGAAAACUUUGUUUAAAUUUUACAAUAAGCCGAAGGAUACUUCUUUUCAUGAUUUAAAAGCUCUGACACAUUAAAGUGUUUAUUCAAAAGGACCUUGUUAUAUAAAUAUGAAUUUAUUUUAAAAUCUAUUCUAAUACUUUGAAUAUCAUUAAAUGCAUAAACAGUUAACCGGUAGCCAAUUAAUUGAUGUGUGUCGAUAUGAAAUUGCUGAAAAUAAGCAAAACAUCUGUUGAUUUUCAUGCUAGUGCUGACGAUGACCAUGUUAUUUAAUUUCCUGAAGUCGAAGAGAACACUACUUUGGUUGACUAAAUGCUAAAUAAAUAGCUUAUUUCAUUA